AUGGACUCCCAAGUAGACAGGCUCGUGGAUAAGAUAUGGGGUAAAUUUCAAUCCACGCCUUCGGAUGCCCGUUUGAUGAUCGGAGUGAGUGGGAUCCCGGGGUCCGGGAAGACAGAGCUGGCCAGCACGAUGGCCAAUCGCAUCAACAAACUCUAUAGCACACAACACCCCGACGCGCUACCGGUGGCGACGGUCGUCCCGAUGGACGGAUACCAUUACACGCGGGCCCAGCUGGCCGAGAUGCCCGACCCGGAGUACGCCGUCGCUCGGCGCGGCGCGGCCUUCACGUUCGACGGGGAGAAGUUUCUGAAACUCGUGCAGGCCCUGCGGGUUCCGUUGACGCCGGAGUCGCAAAGUCUCUACGCCCCCAGUUUCGACCAUGCGGUCAAGGACCCCGUGGAUGGGGAUAUUGCCAUUCCGGCCAGCCGUAGGGUCAUCUUCUUCGAAGGGAAUUAUCUCAGUCUGAAUAAAGAGCCGUGGAACCGGGCUGCGCAGUUGAUGGAUGAGCUCUGGCUGGUCGAGGUCGACUUCGAGAUCGCUCGGAAGAGGCUCGUUUCAAGACACGUCAAGGCGGGGAUUGCACAGAACGAGGCCGAGGCGGACAAGCGCGUGACGGAGAAUGACCUCGUAAAUGGCAAGGAGAUCAUCGAGGAGCGAUUGGAGGUGCAAGAGAUCAUCUCGAGUAAUUAUGACUCCGGGUGGGACCGGUAA